GUGUUCCGAGCGAUUUCCAAAUCCAUAAUGGCAGGCGCUCUUAGCGUUGUGGUGGUGAUGGUAGCGGCCGUGGCGCCGGUCCUCCUCCUCCUCGCCGGCGUGGCGCGCGCUGACUGCUUCGACUACUGCUUCAACAACUGCAUCGCCAACGACAAGUCCAUGAAAGACUACUGCAACUUCAUCUGCGCCCAGACCUGCGACCCCCCGCAACCGCAACCCUCGGCGGCUGCCGCUGUCGCUGCCGGCAGCGACAUGGGAUGCCAGCUCUCCUGCGUCAGGACUGCUUGCAACCGUCUGGGUCCAGAUUCCAAGGCCGUGGAAACCUGCUUCGGCGCGUGCUACGACGGCUGCAAGACCAAGCCCCUGCCGAGGCCUUUCCGCGCCGGUGCCGGCAGCACCGUGUCCGCCGCGUCAGGCCCGACGAUCUUCCCUUCAUCCGAGCCGAUCAAGGAUGACGCCGCAACCGAGGAACACCCUUUCCACGAGAAGCAGGACGCCACCUCUACUGAACCUAUACCUAAGACAGUUCAGAUAGGUGACAAGGAGUAGCACGGUGGUGCUGUUGGCCAUGGGCCGAACGAAAUACGCUCGCGUCUAUAGCCCACGUGGGUGUGUGUGCGCACGACGUGGCUACUGAUAAAUAGUACUCACUAUACGAAAGUGUGUUCAUUAUGAAUUAUGAAAUGAAAUAGACCGUGAAUUCUGAAA